AUGACCUUACUGGCAACGUUCCGGCCAGUAAUACUGGUCCUUUUCAGGGCAAUGUUUACUGGGGAGCUGGCGGAAUCUAGACAGACUGAAGUAACGAUACGCGACAUAGACGAAAUGGCCACGGAGUUAAUCGUAGACUUCUGUUACACUUCUCACAUUAUCGUCGAAGAAGCGAAUGUUCAAACUCUCCUUCCAGCAGCGUGCAUUCUUCAAUUAGCAGAAAUUCAAGAUAUGUGUUGCGGAUUUCUCGAACACCAAUUAGAUCCAUCAAAUUGCUUGGGUAUCCGGGCGUUCGCGGAUACCCACUCGUGCCGCGAACUUCUGCGUAUUGCCGAUAAAUUUACUCGACAUAAUUUCCAAGAGGUACGCCACGUCCGAGACAUUAUUUCGUCGGAUGAGCUAAACGUACGUACGGAGGAGCAGGUGUUCAGCGCCGUGAUGAACUGGGUGAAAUACAACGUCACGGAGAGAAGACAACAUCUGGCACAGGUCCUGCAGCACGUGCGACUGCCGCUACUCGGUCCAAAAUUUUUAGUUGGUACCGUAGGAUCGGAUCUGUUGGUUCGCUCCGACGACGCUUGUCGAGAUCUCGUGGACGAAGCAAAGAAUUACCUACUCUUGCCGCGAGAGAGGCCAUUGAUGCAGGGACCUAGGACGAGGCCCAGGAAACCUACGAGACCUACGAGACCUACGAGACGGGGAGAGGUGUUCGCUGUUGGUGGGCGGUGUUCCGAUGACGCUAUUGCCAGCGUUGAGAAAUUACGUGAAGCCGACGCAAUGCAAUUGCAUAAUUUACGCGUACAACUGAGACAUAAGGUACUACCGCAGCAUGAGAUUGAAACACGAGCCGGGUCUCAUAUGCCAAUGCGGGAGGAAAUCGAAGAAUUUGAAAGAAUAACACCAUUGAGGAAAGGCACAUAUUCUUCUGAAGAAAGCGAGAAUCGAGAUUAUCAAUAA